AUGCCGCCCGCGGAGCGGGAGAAAGGGCGGCGCAGCGGCUCCCCGGCCCGGCCGCCGCCGCCGCCGCCUCAGCGCGGGGCCAGGGCAGGGACGGGCGGCAGCCGGCCGCAGCCCCCCCUCGCAGCCACGGGCCGGCGCUCGUGCCGGGUGCCCAAGUGCGCGCGCUGCAGGAACCACGGCGUGGUGUCCGGCCUGAAGGGCCACAAGCGGCUGUGCCGGUGGCGGGACUGCGCGUGCGCCGGCUGCCGCCUGGUGCUGGAGCGGCAGCGCGUGACGGCCGCGCAGGUGGCUCUGCGGAGGCAGCAGCGCGCCGGCCAGGUUAAGAAAGAUGAAGAUGAACAUUCUCUGCUAUCAACCAGUUGCAGAUUAAACUAUCAGCACUAUCCCAAGAAUACCAGCACCUGGGCCAAAAGCAUACUGGCAGGGUAUAAACCUCCUUCACAGGAAAGCCAACUCCUCUUUUCUAACCUGAGUGAGAGAAUGAGGAAACGAAGAACAUUUGCAGAUAAAGAGCUGGAAUGCAUAAUGCUGGAGAGAGAACUUAGGCAGAGAGAACUAAAGGAAUUAGCUGUAGCUCAAAGUCUACAAAGACCAAAUGAAGACUUUUUACCAAGCACAGAAACAAACCCAUUUAGGAUUGGACACAGCCAGCUUUGUGACUCAACAUAUUUUAACCACAAUUUGAUAAAUGUUUGGUUUCCUUUGAUACAUUCAAGCACACUUUAUCAGACUAGAGAUUUUUUCCUGCCAAAUGUAACUACUUUUACAUCAGACCAAAUUGAAAGCAACCUUUUACAGAAAUAUACCUUUACUAAGAAUGCAGAAAAAUAUGCACAAGUGUGUGAGGAGCUGGCUCAGGCCAAUAUUUUAUCCAAAGAACUUGGCUCCUUUCAGAGCGAUCUGAGAUCGAAGGCAACAAAAACACAAGCAAGUUUUGAAAAAGUUAAACAUUUUGUAUCCAACCAAAAGCAGGACAUUGGCUCAGAAGGUUUUAUCUUACAAAAUGAUCCUUCCAUACCAGAAAAGCAGCACGUGAGCCAACAUGUGAAAAAUAAGUGUUCUCUGGCAAAGGAGAACCUCAGACACUUAGCUAGAGUAUCCCAAGAAUGCUAUUCAGAAAUGAAAAUUAAAAAUCAGAGCUUGUCAUUUUCAGUGGAAUCCUUGUUAAAAGUCUAAACAGGUAUUUAGGGCCCAGUUCUACUACUUUGGAAUUCAAUGACAAAAUCUUACUGACUCAGUGUAUCAACUGUGUGCCUGAUUCUCUAACCCUUUCUCAUAUGGGUAGGCCCACUGACUUGAGUCUGAUCAUCGUGCUCCCAAUGAAGUCAAUGCAAAACAUCCAGUCUUUAGUGGGAGUAGGUUCAUGCCCCGAAAUGGGACUACUUGAGUGAGUAGCAAGGUCAGGCUCAGUGUUGAAGAUAGUGUUUUUCUUAACUCGCAGUCAGCACUCUGAAAGUACUCUAUGUAGUAUUAUUUUAAUAGUCUGUAAAAGCAGCAGAUCCAGACUAACACAGCUACCCCUCUGAUACUUUUAAUAGUCCGUUAGUCUAACAAUGUAUGUUGUCUGUAUAUAAAAUAGUUGUAGUUUUAAUUUCUUUAUUUAAAAGACUAUCAAAUAUAUAGAACUACUGUAGAUUUUAUAACUUAAACUAACCAUGUAUUUGGGGAUGGUGGGUGAUAUUUUGGCUUUUUUUAAAAUUACUUAGUGCAUGUAUUAAUUUGCAAGACAAUGUAAAUGGGUGUGUUUGCAUACUAAAUAAAAGCGAUAAGAUGUCAUUUUGUGGAAACGGAAAACCAGUUUAUUUGAAUAAAAUGGGCUUAAUUUGUUGAUGUAAUAUGAUAAAGGGCACAUUUUUACACCAUUGUUCAACAUAUUAAGGCCUCAUUCAGUUGUCACAUUGGUAUAAACCAGGACUAAUUCCAAUGAAGCCUAAUCUAAAGUCUAUUGAAACCAUUGGAAAGACUCCCUCUGAUUUUUAGUGAGCUUAAACGAGCAGUGAAUC